AUGGAGGUGCCUCUUGGCUCGCGCGUCGGACGCUUGUACAUCCUGCGAGACACGCUCGUGGACUCAAUCGAGCAGGAGGUGGAGCGAACCUUCGAGGGCCUCGCGGUGGCCGCCAGGGCUGCGCGGACAGCCGGCGUGUUCUGCUCUCGGCCGACCGAGGCGGCCGAGAGGGUUGAUGUGGCCUACAACUUGGUGAAGCGUCUCACUUACCAGCGGUUCGAGCGAACGCUGACCGAGUUCGCGGUGGCCCCCAAGCUCGGGAACGGCAUCGCGAAACUGCACGACCUCGAGAAGGCCUACGAGGGCAAGAUCAAGCAGGACUGCGCGAAGCUAUGCGACUUCGACAGCACUUCGAAGGAGGAACAGCUCAAGGGUCUUCCCAUCAAGAUGGGCCAGUCGGACGAGGUGGACCAUGAGCCAGGAUAUUUCACCGAGAUGGUGCGAGACAUCGUUAACGAGCUGGUGGACACGAACUCGGUGAAUUCCGAGACUGGG